AUGAUGAUCCUGCAAUCCCUGAAGAGGGGGUGGUGUGAGUGUGUGUUGUGGAGUGUGUGUGUGUGCGUGCUCUCCGGCUGUGCCUCAGGCUUCUCUCACGGAGCCUCGACGUCGUCCUGUCGGGAUUUGAAGCCUGGGCACGUCUCCAUCCCCAUAGUGACUCUGCGUAGCUCACGGGCCUUCAUGGGCUUCAUGCUGCAGGUUCGCUCCCUGCGGGGCGAGCGCGUGGUGGGCGAGUUCCUGAGGCCGCCCCCAGGCACCCAGCGCAUGAGCUGCUCCGGGCAGGGAGACACACUCACACACUCCGACAAGCUGCUCAAGAGGAACAUGUCCUUCACAUGGAGGGCCCCGGACCAGCCCAGCGGGGACGUGCGCUUCUAUAUAACAGUGGUCCAGUCCUACUUUGUGUACUGGUCACGGAUCCAGUCAGACGUGGUGCAUGAUGGUCUGGUGCGCCAGACUACCAGCCUAAGCAGUCUCACAUUUAGCUCAGACGCCAUCACCCCUCUAACCCCCCCACCCCGACCCGCCUAUCCUCACCCAAGCCAGACUGCUCCACCACCCCCUCCUGGGAUCUCCAGACCUCCGGCCACAGAUGGCACGCCCAGGCACAUGGCCUCGGAGCUGGGUGUACUGCUGGGCUGUUCGGCCGGCCUGGGCGUGCUGCUGACGCUGGGGCUGCGGUGCCUGCACCGGCGGUGCUGCCGCAAGCGCAGCGAGGUGUGCCUGAGCGAGCGGAGCCGGCGGUGGGAGGGCGAGUGCGGCGUCGUCCAGGUGCAGGAGUACGGCUGUGGCGGCGGCGGUGGCGGGGGGGAGCUGGUGCAGGUGCGCAGGAUCCGCCAGAACAGCCUGCUGCUGCUGCAGACUGAGUACAACCUCAUAACGCCACCAGGGAACUGA